AUGGCAGCGCCAAUCAUACGGAGGGCGUGCAUGUACGUGCCGUCCUCGUCGAAGAAGAUGCUCGAGAAGUCUUUUGCGAUGCACGCCGAUAACGUGACCUACGACCUCGAAGACAGCGUUGCACCACACAUGAAAUCCGAAGCCCGCUCUAAUCUUCGCGAUAUCCUCAACAAACCACGACCCAGCGGCAUAAAAGAAAUGUGCGUGCGGAUAAACAGCGUAGACACCGGUCUAGCGCUGGAUGACCUGACACAAGUGCUCAAAGGCGAGUAUCUCGAUGCUAUCAUGCUGCCCAAGUGCGAAAGCGCUGCAGAUCUACAUUUCGUCACAGAUGUGAUACGGCACCUUUCACCUGAGCGACACCCAAGCUCAGGCAAACAAGGGAAGAGGGAACCGGUGCGUAUAAUAGCGUUGAUAGAAAGCGCAAAAGCGAUACAGAACCUGAGUUCAAUCUGCGCCGCUUCGCCUUACAUCUCUGGGCUCGUCUUCGCAGCAGAGGACUUUGCAAAGGAUAUGAGUCUUACGCGCACGCCUUCGCUCAUGGAGUUUCUCUACGCGAGGAGUGCCAUCGCCACAGCAGCUCGAGCUGCUGAGCUCCCCAGCACCAUCGACUUGGUGUGUACCAGCUACAAGGGCGAGCAAGGGCUCAAGACACUGGAGGAAGAAUGUCUGAACGGCAAAGGUUUAGGUUUCAACGGCAAGCAGUGCAUACAUCCUAGUCAAGUUGCGGUAUGCCACAAAGCGUUUAGCCCUGGAGAGAAGGAGCUUGAGUGGGCGACAAGGAUAGUUAUAGCAGAUGAAAAGGCGAGUAGAGCUGGACGAGGGGCCUGGACAUUGGAUGGCAAGAUGAUUGAUGCACCAGUUGUGAAGAAGGCGCAUGCGGUAUUGAAGCAUGCCGAGGUGUGUGAAAUGGACGUCAGUGCUGUCAAGGAGACAUGGAAGGGACAGGAGCCCGAGUAG